AUAUAUAUGUAUAUUUUUUGUCAUUUUAAUUGAUGUGGUCAACCACACCAAGCGAUUUACCACUUCAAAUGAAGAAUACUGAACAAUUAUUCUAGAGUUUACGGUAUACCAAUGUAUUAUGGGAAUAGUUAGUAUCGCAUGUGGAUUUUUUAACAGAACAACCAUGGCUCGCUUCAAAUUUAUAGAUAUCGGCAUAAAUCUGACGGAUUCUAUGUUUCGAGGAAUAUAUAGGGGAAACCAGAAGCACCCAGAUGACUUCCAACAAGUUAUUGAAAGAGCCUUUAAUGUCGGCGUCCAAAAGUUCAUAAUCACAGGAGGGAACCUUGCUGACAGCAAAGAAGCUAUACAGUUGGCUGAAACACGAGAUGAAUUUUGCACUACUGUGGGCUGUCAUCCAACACGCUGCAGUGAGUUUGACCAGAACGGACCAGACCAAUACUUUGCCUCUUUGAGAGAGUUGGCCUUGACAAACAAGGGAACAGUGGUGGCUAUAGGGGAGUGCGGUCUUGAUUUUGAUAGAUUGGAAUUUUGUCCAAAAGAAACUCAACUUGCGUAUUUUGAGAAGCAGUUUGAUUUAGCUGAGGAAACAGGGCUCCCAAUGUUUCUCCACUGCAGAAACUCACAUAAGGAGUUUCUAGACAUUAUGAAAAGGAACAGAGGCAGGUGUGCUGGAGGAGUGGUGCAUUCCUUUGAUGGGAGCAAGGAAGAUGCUGCAGCCCUUAUUGACUUAGACCUUUAUAUUGGCAUCAAUGGCUGCUCUUUGAAAACUGAAGCCAAUCUUGAGGCCAUGAAAUCAAUCCCCACUGAACGGCUGAUGAUUGAAACGGAUGCUCCUUGGUGUGGGGUGAAAGCGACACAUGCAGGUUCAAAGUACAUCAAGACAACAUUUCCCACAAAGAAGAAAUGGGAGACGGGCCAUUGCCUGAAAGACCGGAAUGAGCCAUGCCACAUCAUUCAAGUGUUAGAGAUCAUGGCUGCAGCAAGAGACGAGGACCCUUUGGAGAUGGCAAACACCAUUUUCAACAAUACGCUGAAAGUCUUCUUUUCAGGAAGAUGAAUUUGCUUGCUCCCAAUCACACAAAUGAUGUAAUUUGCCUUUUUACAGACUUUGAAAGUGCUUCUUAUCCUUUGACUAUUUAUAAUGUACUAAACUUGUCUUCUCCACAAAUGUUUACAACCUCACAUUGUGGAAUGAUCCAACACUGAUUGAAAGUUUUUAAGGAUCUAUAAAAAUAUAAUUCACUUAACCCCUUGUACAUCAUUGUAAACUAUGGGUUAUCAGUUCAUAUGCUUCCCAAGCCAACAGCUCCAAUUCAGAAAUGUUAUACAGACAUUGUAUAUCAUCUGCAGCAUGUCAGUUGGACAGUCGUCAAAUCUGAAGCGCAGACAAACCAUUAAAAGUGCAAACAUUCAUGAAAA